AUGAACGGUGCAUCGUAUUUUUCAGACACACUGGAGGAACCCGAAGCAGCAAACAGUGCCUUGGGACGACUCCACAGCCGUGUUCUCCCGCUGCUUCCACGGUUAGCAAGUACGCUUCCUUCCAAUCAAGUCACUGGCCUCGUAAAAAGAGGCCCAGGCGAUGCCCCGAGACGAAAACGAGCCAGCAAACCAAAGGUUCGAUCCGGGUGUCUGACAUGCAAGAUUCGGCGGGUCAAAUGUGACGAACGGAAGCCUACAUGUAGUCGCUGCGAAAAGGCGGACAUUGACUGCGACGGCUAUAUAAAGGAAGCCAUGGACCAGAAGAAAACGACUGAACAACAACAGAUCGUUGCGGCAGCUCAACAAGCAAGUCGAUACUUGCUCCCGCGGCCGAACGUGCCGGGAAAACAGGGCUCAGUUCCAAUUCUGACUGCUCGGCUUCGGACCAACCCUUCGCUGCUGCAUUUCGAUCAUAAAGAUGUGCCGUACUAUGAUCUGUUCAGAUAUCAGCUGAUCCGGGACCUUGGAGGUUCAUGUCAGGCCGACUUCUGGUCGCGCAUUGUUCUCAACGAAAUGACGAGAGAUCCGGUCCCUCCGUCUGCUCUUCGUCCUUGGGGGACUUCGAAGGCUGUUUUGACCGGCUUCCUCAAUCGACACCACAAGGCAGCUUUACUGCAUCAUGUCAAAGCAGUCGCUAUAUACAGAGAGCGUAUCCAACAGUCGGCUUCUGAUACCUCGCCCAGGUCAAUCAUCAUCAUGACUUUGCUACUUAUCGCUUUUGAGUUUAUCCAAGGCAACAUGAAGAACAUUGACUCUCUGAUGGGGACCGGCAUGCGCCUCUUGGAAAACAAAAUCACGUUGCUACACGGUCUCCAGCCAGGAGAAGAGUUUGAGGUUAGAGGAGAUUACAUAUAUUCUCGAUUACGAACAGGUACUCCAGACGAUGAGAUGGAAGAUAUCGAGCAUCUCCUGCCAUGUUUAUGUCUCAUGGCCGGCUUCACCCAUUUUUUCAGCUCGCACAGGAACAGCGUGCUCUUAAUGAACAGCAGCCCGAAACUUCAGCUUCCUAAGCCAGGCGUUACCGUUUUGGCAAAACUUCAAGCGUUAUGGGGCCAGUUCUUCACAAGGGCUGUUGUCCACGUGAUGCGAACAGUGCACGACCAGCUCAACUACAAUCCGAUGGACAUUCUGAAAGCAGCGGAAGAGCAGGAAAGGUUCGUUGAGUACAUAGGUAUGUGGCAAGGUGUGUUGGAAACGUAUCUCAGCGAUCCGACGCUCGACGAGGACGCAAGAAGAACGCUGGACAGCAUACAGAUACACCGUCUGCUGAUCCACAUCGUCAUUAGCUGUAGUCUUGACCGCAGCGAAAUGAUGUAUGACUUGUUCGAGCUCGAAUUCAGAGAGCUCCUGGACCGGGUCGUUUGCUACCUGCGAGAUCCUGGUCCGAUAUCAAAAGUAUGCUUCACCUUCUCGGAGGGCCUGACAUCUCCGCUAGCUAUGAUCAUCGCGAAGUGUCGCAAUCAUAACAUAAGAAUGGAGGGUAUCAAUGUUCUGAACAGCCUGUCAUGGAGGGAGAACGCCUGGGAUGGGCAGGCUUUGGUGGUUGGCAAGUCAGGAGUCGUCUGGCUCGAAGACAAGGGCAUGGAUGAAAACGGGUUCAUUCCGCCUGAUUCAAGAUGGAUAUGGAUGUCAAGCAAGUGGGAUAUCGAAAAGCGAGAGCUCCUAGCGACAUAUUUCAGAUUGACGCCAAACGACGAUGGUACACCGUUCUGUGCGCAGCUCACACUCGAUAUGGACAACUUGGUAUACAGUUGUGACUCGAUAGGCUGCCCAGGGCGUCACGAUCCUUUCAAAAUCAACCAAUCUUGA